GGCAAUAUCUGUCCAUCACUGCUUCCUAUAGCCGCAGGUUUGCGAGGGCUGCUUUUCCUCUUCUCCAGCUGUUCAUUUCUCUUCGACUUCGCCGGCAUCCCGUAAGAGGAUUUAGCAACGGUGAUUGAUGGAGCUUUUGGAGCAAUGGAAAGCCAUACUUAAGAUUCAGAAAUUUCGAAGAGCGGUAUCCUACACUGGCUUUUACUGCUUUGUUACUCUCAUCAGCUAUGCAUUCACUAGCAACACCACAAGAGCUGGCUUCUCAAAUGGUGACCAGUACUAUGCUUCUUACCCUGCUAGUAUUGAGCUUCUUACAGACACAGCAAAGCUUUAUAAAGCAGCCCUUGCUAACUGUUUUGAGGAGGAAGAAUGGGGGCCUAUUGAGUUCUGUGUAAUGGCAAAGCAUUUUGAACGCCAAGGAAAACCUCCAUAUGCAUAUCAUUCUCAAUAUAUGGCACACCUUCUUUCUCAUGGGCAACUUGAUGAUGGGAGCAGCUCGCAAUGAGAGAUUUAGGUUCUUUCUCAUUUAUAACUUGAUUACAGCAGCUGCUCAGAGAGGGAUUAUAAAAACUAUCAUGGUGGUUUUUCUUAUAGCCCUUGAUACGAGAUACUCAAAUCCUUGGAGGAAAUAACUUUCUGUUAUACCAGGAUCAAGCAAUUUUGCUGCAUGGUAGUAUGUCUAUGCUGCAUUCAAAUGAAUUUUCACAGAGGGCAGGAGGAUUUUCUCCACCAUUAGGGACAUGUGGCUGCAACGAAGUGUAUUGUCUAAUUCAAGAACUUCUUUAUCCUUGCACAUCACUCACUUAUUAAGAACUUUAUAAAACAUUUUGUUUAUAUGCUAUUUUUUUUUUUAAAUUUUGUUUUAAGUAUUCUUACUAAAAUACCAAUGGCAGUCGUAGUUUCUA